AUGUCAUCAACAUCACAAUAUAGCUCAAAUGGAAGUAGUGCCAAUUCAGGUAACUUAUUUGUUAGUUUUUUACCAUCAACAUAUACAAAUGAAAGCUUAAAAGUUUUAUUUUCACCAUUUGGGGAAAUUGAUAGUUGUAAAGUAAUGGUAGAUUUAAAUACAGGAUUAAGCAGGGGUUUUGGUUUUGUAAAGUUUAAAGAUGUAGCAUCAGCACAAUAUGCAAUCAACUCAAUGAAUGGUAUGAAAGUUGAUAAUAAAACAUUAUUGGUUAGAUUUGCAAAUUCAGAACCAAUUCAACAACAACAACAGCAACAACAACAACAACAGCAAAGUGUAGAUGAGGCAAAUACAAAUGCAAUAGCUAGUAAUAAUGUUUUUAUUAAAGGUUUACCAACUGAAUAUACAAUGGAUCAAUUAAAAGCACUAUUUUCACCACAUGGUGAAAUUUUAGAAUCUAAAAUUUUAACAGAUAUAUCAACAAGUGCAAGCAGAGGUCAAGCAUUAGUAAGAUACGGCGAUGUUCAAUCUGCAUCCAAUGCAGUUAAAGAACUUAAUGGUUACAUUAUACAAGAUCCAGAUAAACCGUUAAUUGUAAAAUUUGCUGAAAAUGACGAAGAAAAAAAACAAAGUAAAUUGAAUAGUAAAAGACAAAAACUUCAACAAAAACAAAGAUUAAAUAUGAGAUUUUCACCAUAUCCAUCCCCAAUAGCUGCACCAAUUACACAAAUGUAUCCAUAUUACCAAACUAUGCCAACUUUACCAACUUUAUCACCAAUUAUGCAACCACCAAUUUUAACUACUAAAACCAUUACACAAGAUCCAACCAAUCUUUACGUUUAUAAUUUACCAAGCGAUGCAGAUGAUGCACUUUUAUACAGACUUUUCUCACCUUCUGGUGCAAUUGCUAGCGUUAAAAUUGUUCGUGAUCCAAAUACCCAGGUUUGUAAAGGUUACGGUUUUGUCAGAAUGUUAAGCUUACCCGAUUCUUAUGCAGCUAUCAAUUCUAUUAAUGGUAUCCAAGUUGGAGGUAAAACAAUAUCGGUAUCAUUUAAAAAAUAA